UCACUGCACCAAUUUACCGACGCAUGCAAAAUCGAUUCGACUUCAGCCGUCACAAUGUCGUCAACGUUAACGCAGACGCAGAGAUAUGCCGCCGGAGCUUUAUUUGGGUUGGCCCUAAACCAGGCCCAGAUCCACCAAACCCUUCCCUUGGGUUCCUCCCACGAUGACCCCACCGAAGACCGUCUUAGUAGUGCAAGCAGCACCGAUUCCGUAUCUGAAGAUAAUCAGCUCUGGGUUAACGAGUCAUCGGGUCUGCUCCGCCCUAUUUUCAGGUUUCUAGAUAUUGACAGUUCAGCCUGGUCUGGCCUAGAGGAAACUGCUGGUUCUCAAAGUCAUCAUGUCGGAGCGUUCCUAAGAUUAUUGGCUGAAGAAAGUGACGAGGUUUCUUCAGAAGUGUCAGAUAAGGAACUUGCUUUGUCCAAUGCAGUGAAUGCCAUGGUGGCAAGCAUUGAAAUAACUCCCGAGGAUUAUGAGUGGAAAAAAGAGAACUCACGUGCAUAUGAACAUGAGUGGCAAGAAAAGUAUGCGACUAAUGAAUCGAAGUCUGAAAUGGAGAAGGAGAUGAAAAAAGAGCAGGAGCAGAAAGAUUGCAAAAUGGAACACCUUAAAAAUGAGCAAGAGAAAGAUUGCAAAACAGAGCACCUUAAAAAUGAGCAGGUGAAAGAUUGCAAAACCGAGCACCUUAUAAUUGAGCAGGAGAAAGAUUCUGAAACGGAGCACCCUAAAAACGAGCAGGAGAAAGAUUCUGAAACGGAGCACCUUAAAAACGAGCAGGAGAAAGAUUGCAAAAAGGAGCACCUUAAAAAUGAGCAGGAGAAAGAUUCGAAACCAGAGCACCUUAAAGAUGAGCGGGAGAAAGAUUCCAAAAAGGAUGACCUUAAAAAUGAGCAGGAGAAAGAUUGCAAAACAGAGCACCUUAAAAAUGAGCAGGAGAAGGAUUGCCAAACUGAACACCUUAAUGAGCAGGUGAAAGAUUGCAAAACCGAGCACCUUAAAAAUGAGCAGGAGAAAGAUUGCAAAACAGAGCAACUUAAAAAUGAGCAUGAGAAAGAUUGCAAAACAGAGCACCUUAAAAAUGAGCAGGAGAAAGAUUGUAAAACAGAGCACCUUAAAAACGAGCAGGAGAAAGGUUGCAAGUCGCCUGGCACCAAAGACGUGCCUAUAGCAUCCAACAGGGAAGUUGAAGGAAAAUCGAUUGAAGAGGUGAGGAUUGGAAGGAAAGUGACAGUCUUAUAUGAGCUUCUUUCAGCUUGUCUGGCAGACAUACCUGAAGAUAACAGUAAAUCUAAGCGACGAGGGAAAGGCUAUGAUGCUCGCCACCGUGCUGCUUUGCGGUUGCUGACAACAUGGUUUGACAUCAAAUGGAUCAAAAUGGAAGCUGUUGAGAUUAUUGUUGCUUGCUCUGCAAUGGCUGUAUUGAAACAAGAAGAGGCGAAAGAAGAGGAGCAAGCACCAAAAAGCUUAUGGAGCAAGUGGAAACGUGGAGGUAUCAUUGGAGCGGCUGCUUUAACUGGUGGAACAUUGAUGGCAAUUACUGGUGGUUUAGCUGCUCCAGCAAUUGCUGCAGGAUUUAGUGCUUUAGCGCCUACAUUGGGUACAAUUAUACCAGUGAUUGGAGCUGGUGGGUUUGCUGCUGUUGCAACCGCCGCGGGAAGUGUUGCUGGUUCUGUUGCAGUGGCUGCCUCAUUUGGAGCUGCUGGAGCUGGACUUAGCGGGACGAAAAUGGCUAGAAGAACAGGAGGCAUCGAGGAAUUUGAGUUUAAAGCCAUAGGGGAAAACCAUAACCAAGGCAGGUUGGCAGUUGAGAUAUUGGUCUCAGGAUUUGUCUUUGAGGAGGGAGAUUUUCUGAGGCCUUGGGAAGGGCAUAGCGAUAACAUGGAAAGGUAUGCGCUAAAAUGGGAAUCUAAGCAUCUGAUUGCCGUAAGCACCGCAAUUCAGGAUUGGCUUUCAUCAAGUCUUGCAAUGGAAUUGAUGAGACAAGGUGCGAUGAUGACUGUAUUAAGCUCCCUUUUAACAGCUUUAGCCUGGCCUGCAACUUUACUUGCCUUAACCAGUUUUAUUGACAGCAAAUGGACAAUUGCUGUGAACAGAUCUGACAAGGCUGGAAAGCUGCUUGCUGAAGUCUUUAUCAAGGGGUUGCAAGGCAACAGGCCUGUAACACUAGUAGGUUUCUCACUUGGAGCACGUGCGAUCUUCAAAUGUCUACAACAUCUGGCUGAAAAUGGAUAUGAUGGAAUUGUAGAAAGAGUUGUUCUACUUGGGGCACCUGUUGCUAUAAAUGGUGAAAAUUGGGGAGCUGUUAGGAAGGUAGUUUCUGGCAGAUUGAUAAAUGCUUACUCCACAAACGAUUGGAUGCUGGGAGUAGCCUUUCGUGCCAGUCUCCUUAGUCAAGGAUUAGCUGGGAUUCAAGCUGUGGAUGUUCCUGGAAUUGAGAAUGUUGAUGUUACAGAACUUAUAGAUGGCCACUCAUCCUACCUAUGGUCAACACAGGAGAUACUCGAUCGUCUUGAACUAGAAGCCUAUUUUCCUGUUUUCACCAUUAAUCGCACCAAGAAUUCCGCUUCUGCUUCUGCUUCUGCUUCUGCUUCACAAAACCAUGUUGGUUAAAAAUUUCCAAACGUACAGGAUCAAUCUUUCCUUUGUUUGUGUACAGCAAUCAUAAGUGAACGUUAUUAUAGAUCUCUUAAAUGUGAAAUAUAUACAUCGCUUCAUUCUUGUAUUGCAAAGAGAAUUUUAUAGAAAAAGAAAACAACU